CGCGAUCGGACACCGCAAGGUGGCUGCAAGUCGUCUCAUCCAGAAGUAAAAAAAAUGCCGAAGUAUUACUGUGAUUACUGCGACACAUACCUCACUCACGACUCGCCGUCCGUCAGGAAAACGCAUUGUAACGGACGAAAACACAAAGAAAACGUCAAGUUCUACUACCAAAAAUGGAUGGAGGAGCAGGCCCAAAACCUGAUCGAUGCCACAACGGCUGCAUUUAAGGCAGGAAAGAUCCAGUCUGGCCAAUUUCAGAACAAGCCAAUAACAGGUGCCAUGAUCCCGCCACCAGCAUCCCUACAAGGUGGUCCACCACAACGAAUGCCACUUGUUGGUCCCCCAGGCCCUAUGCCUCCAGUGCCCGGUCCCAUGCCAGGACCUAUGCCUGGACCCAUGCCUAUGAUGGGACCCCCUGGUCCAAUGCCCCCCAACAUGAUGAUGCCAGGUAUGAGGCCUCCUAUGGGCCCUAUGGGUCCAAUGAUGCCCAUGGGACCAAUGCGCCCACCGUUGAUGUCAUCACCAAAUCCAAAGAAAUGAAAUCUCCCUGGCCAUCAUCAACAAAUGUACAUAGUCUCAUUCAUGUGCUGUUGCUCUCUGUGAGGGUGAAGCAGUGUUAAUAAAUGGCAUGGGCUUUUGAA